GCAGCUACAACACGCUUUAACGAAACCAUCCCGUCACUAGUGCGGACACGAACCGCGGUAUAACGAGGUCACAGUUACCAUUCCAUCGGUUACGGGAGGGGAGCUCUCCAUGCUGAAAAGGUAGCAUUUGUUGAAAGGGGAUCCGGCGGUGUUUAACACGUCCAUAUAUGGGCAGGGUACUCUCGUUUGGCCUAUUUCUUACCAAUUUGGAAAUGCACGCGAGGCUUGGCGAAAAUAAAGCUCCCGUUGCCAUGGAGAUGGCAAGGGUUUGGGGGCACAUUACUUUAGAUAGAAUCGGAAAAGUUUGUGUUGUGGGGUUCAAGCUAACUUCAUGCGUGUCGACUCGUAUUCUGAAGUUGGGAGCAGUUAAUUUGGAUAUGUCGGGCAUCUGAAGAAAUUCUUGUGUUUCACCACAAAAUGCUAGAGGAUACUUGGAGAACGGAAGGAUGUGUUUGAAGUUUGGCCUGGGAUUAUACUGAGAGUUUGACCAUGUCUCACAGGCGGAAAAGUGCUAGACCUACGAAUAAGCACUGGCGAAAUGGACCGCACACCUAUGAUCACUCUCCUACACAGUCGGCGUGCGAGGACGAGGGUGAGGACAGGUCCUCUCCAGCCCCCCACCCGGGACAGGCCAUCGAGAUACCCUCCGACAUCUUCAAGGACUUUGAGCAGCUGAAACACGUCACGAACCUGGACACCACCACCCUCAUGAGGAACCUCCUCAACGACUACCACAGAUUGCCAGCACGGUCGUCAUGGCACCGGCCUCACGUGGAGGAGGUGCAGACGGAGAGUCCAGCGUCACCAGUUGUCGACGACAAGCAAGUGAUGAAAGACUCCUCCGAGAGGAGUAUGUUUGACCUGGAGAUGAAUCACAGUUCUCCACUCGUGGACAGUGGCUUUAUAGAUCAUGGUUGUGACAGCCCUCUUGGAUCUGGGACAGAUCAACCCUUGGACCUGUCAGUUGUUGUGAAGUCGGAAAGGUCAACUCCAGAUGACGGCAUAGGCCAAGACAAGAAGACCUUUGCUGGACAGCUACAGAUGAAGCUAAUUGGAGGAGAGAGGGGUACAGCUUCUCCCACAGUGUCGGCUGCGCCUUGUGUGAUGAUGACAUCACCGGUAAUGACAUCUGACGUCAUCAUGUCCCACGUGUCCGGUCAAGGGGGGCUGGUAAUGACCUCUGCAAUGCCGAACCAGUGCAGGGUCGUGAUGUCGUCUGCCGUCCCUGGCACAGGAACCUUUUCCUUGAGCGGUGACAAGAACGAGUGUAACAUCAUGAUGCCGAUGCAGAUGUCAAUGCAGCUGCCGACAGUCACCAACGUCGAGGGAGGUCAAGGGGUUAUGACGAGCAACAUCAAUGUGGAAACAAGCAGUGGUCAGCAGAUAGUAGCCAUCCCCAUCCUCCAGACAGUGCCGGUCCAAGUCCAUGCUGCUCCAAAGUCUCAGCCCCAGCAACCUCCGCCUCCUCAGCCACAGCCACAGCUUCAGCAGUUUCAACUGCAACAGCAACCCCAGCAACCUCAACCACAACCACACGUCCCUGCCAGGAGAGGUAGAAAACCAGGAUCAGUCAACAAAGGAACUAAGGCAUCCAAACCAGCGAGGUCAAAUGAAAUGAAAGUUGUUGCUGAGAACACAAUGUUUCCUGGAGUGUAUACAAGUAUUCUCAAGCUUCCCUGGAGCCGUCGAUCUCGAACCAAGGCUCAUCUUCCAACCCCUCCAGUGCCCCCUCCAACACAACCCUCCAUGACGCUUCUGCCAGUUACGUCAUCACAGGAAUUAGCAACGUCUUCAGCACCAGCAGCUUCAGCAUCUCAUUCACCCUCUACGACACAGUCUGUGAUGAUGGUGUACCCUAAUGCUACGAUAUCUGCUUUAGGUAAGCCAGUCAGAAAGAGGGGCCGACCUCCCAAGCUUCCAGUCCUUUCCCACCUUCUUGCGGAGAAGAAGCCCAAGAAGGACACUCUAUAUACACCAGUAGCAACAACCCUUCCUAGCCAGUCCGCCUCCAUAUCCGCCGAUGGAUCAAUGUUGUCAAUACUCAGUACUCACAGUAUUGGAGCGGACACUUCAAAUGAAGAUGAUAAAUUAAAAAAACUUCAAACUGUAUCUGAAACCCAGGAUUCAAAGACCUUUCAGUUGGACACGCCAGACCAAUUCCCCACCCCAGCAUCUCAGCACCUUGAAACAUCAGACCAAGGAACUGCGACAACUAAAGGAUCAAACGGUGCGAUGUUUCAAGAGAUGCUGCUGUCUUCUAAGUCACUGAUCAACAUCAAACCAAGAAAGCGACAAUCGAGCAACCUUUUAAAAUCAGGUGAAAACUUCAUAUGUACAUCUUUCAGAAUAAGACCCAGAGGGUCAAGACACAAAGCUCCUUCAGCUUCCCCAAAGACUGCUCCUGAACAACCUACAUCUGAUCCUGACCCAGCCCCACCGAUCACCACUCCAGACAUGAACCACACAUCGCCAGAACCCCUGGAAAGGGUGACCGUGUCGCCCACCUCGACAGUAGAUGACUCCCCUCUGUCCAAGAAUAUGUUCCACGAACUGUACCACUGUAAGGUAUGCAACGAGAUAGUCCCAGCAGAUGAGAAACAGACUCACAAACAGCAGCAUGUUCCGGUCAAGUUCUUCUGCUUGACCUGCGGCUUGGAAUACUACAGUUUCCUUCAGGGCAAAGCCGGGGAGGACCCGGAUGCUCCUCAGAGCUUUCAGUGCGAGCGAUGCAGUGAGAACUACAACAGUAACCUCCCCUUGAACAGUGGCCUUCACCUUAAAACGGAGUCAUUACAAUGUGAUCUUUGUGACGAACAUUUGAAAUCUUUCUCCGAUCUCUGCGAACAUAGGAGAGAAGUACAUGGCGAUGAGAAGAGGGGGAUAGAUCAGUAUCGCUGUGACGAAUGCAGUAAGGUGUUUUUUACGGAGAAGAGUCUCGAUGCUCAUAAAGAAACCCAUGGAGAGAAAGAAGGAGAGUAUUGUGAGGACGAAAUGAAUCCGGAAGAACUGGAACUAGCGAAAGAGUUUUCUAGUAAGAAGGAAUACACCUGUGUGUAUGAUGGCUGCAAGAAGAAGUUCAUGAAGAAAUUUCAUCUCCAAGAACAUAUUCGUGUGAAACAUUUCAACAUCCGGGCAUACCGGUGCUCAUGGCCCGGAUGUUAUAAGGAGUUUGCGGCUGAGCGGCAUCUUAAGGUACACUUGCUGAUUCACAAGGAUGAGAAACCGCUAAAGUGUGACUUCUGUGACUAUAGAUGUCGCCAGCGAAAUGCCAUGAACUGGCACAUGCGCAAACACCCGGAAGCUCCUUACAGAUACCGGAAGUUUGGAAUGCUUUCCGGAUGUGAUGACUGAGGGCUUUUGACCUCUGUGACCUGGUGUCCUAGGUGAUCAUAUAAACAAUGUGAAUUCUGCCGAAACAUUUUUGCGAACAUACCUGUGAUCAAAUUAUAUGACCAAAACUAUGUUGUGUUUCAAAACAGUCGUAAGGUAUGAGGUGUCAUUUGGUGUGAAAUACUCUCGGGUGUUAUAUAUUUCGCUGGAUGCCAUUGUGAAAUCAUUUCUCACUUCAGUAUGUGAAAUAGCACAGGUAACUGCUCUAACAUUAAUUACCAGAUUCCAUUUUUGUUGCAUUUCAAAGAAUUGUCUGGAAGUGAUUUCAUUACAUUUGAUUUUAGAAAAGGAAAAAUAUUUUUUAAGAAGUCAGGAUUAACGCAAUCUAAGUUACACUCCAUGUUUGAUGAUAUUCCUCGUGGAAUCAAGAACAAACAUCUGGAUUUCUAAGGGUUAAUGAUCUCUUCACCUCAAGCAGGGGGCUGGAAACAGUUUCUCACUUUCUCAUACUCCCCUAAUAUAGGAAUUGGUUAUAUUAUAGAUCUCAUGUGCGUAUGGGCGUGUGCGUGUUUGUGUGAAUGCGUGCGUAUGUGGGCGUGCGUGCGUGCGUUCGUGUGUGUAAAUGUGCAAUACCCUCCAUUAUGUAACUACAUGUAUCACACAAUAUCGAAGUUCCCGGUACAAUGAGGUGUUGUGCACUAAUACUGUCAACAUAUUAAAUACUGUUAACAUUUUUACUUAAAUAGAUCCACUGAACUCAAACCAAUACCAUGUUCGAAUGUAUAUUACAUGUAAUCCUAAACCUCAGUCCAUGAUAUCCCCUGACAAAUGGUAAUCUUGUCUGCCGUCCAUGACAUCCCCGACAAAAGGUGAGCUUAUCUUCCGUCCAUGACAUCCCCGACAAAUGGUGAGCUUAUCUUCCGUCCAUGACAUCCCCGACAAAUGGUGAGCUUAUCUUCCGU